CAAGCACCUAUCUGCAUUUCCUGCCCACCUCUUUCACCCUGUAGGAUCCAGAGCUCAGCUGGUUGGUUGGUAUUGGUGGGAGCAGGGAGGUGGCAGAGGAGCUGGCUGCUGCUUCUGGCUCAUCACUGCCCAUUGGAUACCCAUGGUUGCUGUGGGGAAGAUGCAGCCUCUGGCCUCAUCCCAGCAGGAGGCUGGGAAUGUAUCACGCUUGCCAGGUCUCCAAGAUCACACUGCUGUUCCUGCCACCUUCCUGCUCUGCUGGGAACAGGGAUAACAAAACUCACUGGGAGUUUAGGGACUUUUCCAGGCCUUUGCUAGGGCCUGUGACUCAAGUGGCUGCUUCUGCCCUAUGGCUGUGCCUGCACUGGCUCCCGGCUUUGGCGCUGCUGGGGAGUGGGGUGCAGGGGCUGGCCCCUGGUUUUGUAGACAGUGGAUUGUUGAAACCACGUCUGCUGUCACGGGGCUGGCUCUGGGGCUGGGGCACUGCUGUGGGACACAGGAGAGGGCUUGCUACAGCCAGUCCCCUGCUGAGACUUCCCGCAGCCGAGAACUAAAGCCCUAGGGGUUUCUAUCUGCUAAGAUGUUGUCCUGCACCAGCUGGGCCACCCAGGGGCCAGCACCCAGGCUCCCCCAGCCAUUGUUUAUUCAGUCUCCUGGGGGCUUCACCCACCUUCCUUCUGUGCAGACCGUGCCUUGCCCCUGAUCCCAAAGCACUGAUGAGCAAACCAGCAUGUUCAGAAUCCUGUGACACUCAGCCGGCGCCCUAUGUGCUGGACAUUGGGGGGCCCAGCUGGGCCCCACUCCUACAUCCCUGGGGAGCCCAAGGAUGCUCCCUCAGGGGCAGGGGGGGAUGUGGGGCGGGGAGGGUCAUGGGAUGCCGGUCAUGGGAGUGCCUGAGGGUUGUGUACCCCCAGGUGCAGGGGACAGAGAGCCCAGGGACAUGGAGUGCUGGGGACACUAGGCACGUUCUGGGGGCUUGGGGACAUGGCGGCAAAGGACCCAUCGACACACAUCAGCGUCCAGGUGCGGGUCCCCGUGUGGUGGCGUCGCGCCACGUCGCCGCGGCCGGGACCGAGGGCGGCUCCCGGUGAGUCACGGCUCUGCCUCUCGCCCCUCCCCGGGCCGCCUGAUAAAGCGCCGCGGGCCGGAGCGCCGCCGCCCCGUGUCUGAGCCGCGGUCUCUCCGCAUGGACCGGAGCGGUGGGCAGACAGCCUUGAGGAGCACCAGCCGCGACUUGAGGGACCCGGGGAGGAGGAUGCUGGGGGGUACGGGAGCAUCCCAGACUCGGGGGGUGCUGGGUGGAUGCGAGGGGCCCCUGGGAGCCCCCGCUUGGAUCCUCCUGCUCUGCUGGGGCCUGGCCACUCGCUGCACAGGUGCCAUGGCCUUGCCGCCGCCCAGCAUCACCAUCCUGCGGAUGCCGGCAGAGCCCCCCCACCCAGGUGAGAGCGUGACCGUGUCGUGCGAGGCGUUGAGUGGACUGCCGGAGCUGACGCUGCUCUACUGGCUGGAGAACGGCUCCUUCGUGGAGAGCCUGCACCCGGACGGGGCUGUGCGUGAGGGGACAGUGCAAGAGGCGCUGGAGGGCUCAGGGUUGGCCCUGCACCGUGACCUGCACUUCAGCUCCUUCAACACCCAGCACCUGCACACCAACUUCACCUGCGUGGUGCUCAGUCCCCUCGGUGUCGACACCAGGGAGGUCUCCAUCAUGAAGAUGGCAUCCCAGUUGAAGGGCAGGUUGCCUGUUUUCCAGAGAAAGGUGGAGGUGGAGCAGCUGACACGGAUAGAUUGGUGGCACUGGUAUGCUCCUGUGGACACAGUAGCACCUAAGAAGGUGGGGGCCAUGUCCAACAUCAUCUCCUUGAUGAGGUGGAGGUCUUGCUGGUGUGGGGGGCUGCCAGCAGCCAGGGUCCUGGCCAGCAGUUGCUCCAUCAGGGUAGAUGCUCCAUCAGGGCAGAGCCACCCUGAGGGAAGCCCCCAGAUGCCACGGUGCUGUGAACAGGGAAGCAACUGGUUGCUCCUCAAGUGGCUGCAGAGGUGUGGCAGCAGGAGCAAGGUCAGCUCAGGGAGAGUGGCAGGGCCUGGGAGGGGCUGCUGAGAGAUGCAGGGCAGGCUGGGGGAAAGCACCCCAGCUGCAUCACAGUCCAGAGCCCCUCCUCAGCACAUGUCCCAGCACUGACCCAGACGCUGAUGCCGGCACCAGCUGAGACCUGCCCUGCUGUGUCACCCUGCUGGGAGGAGCAGCCCUACUGGGUCCCAGCCAGCAGCAUGUCCUGACCCUCUGAGUGCAUGGGUGCGGGGUGCUCCUGACCCAGCACGCAGUGCUUCCCCCAAUCCCUGUUGUGCUGCUGAGGACAGCGUAGGCUGUGGCUCAGGUCAACAGCAAUACCUCUCCCUGGGGACCCAGGUCUGCACAGCAGGGCACAGCACGCUUGGAGGUUCAGAAACAAAGCAGUGGGACCAUGGGACCAAGGCUCAUGACAUUGGGAUGGCAGCCUACAGCUGGGCGCCAAAGCCAAAGUGAACCCCCAAGACUUUAUCAGUCAUGUGGCUCAGCCACCUCUGACUCCUCCUAUGCUGGUAGCAGCAACUUGGCCAUGCUCGCCCAUCACCCCCAAAUACUGGCAGGGUUCAUGUCCAUCAGGAGCAGGGUCCUCCCCAGAUGAGGGACCCCGUCAGCCAGCAGGGAGAUGGACAACAGCCAGAUAUGGGGGUUAUCAAUGGGUGAUGAGGGGUCAGGGGGAUGAGAGCUGGAGGUGCUGGGGACACCGAGGAGGAGGGGUCCUGGGGCUCACUGGGAUGGCACACAGAGGAUUUGCUGUAGUGGGGGAAGCACAAGCAGCACUAUUCCUGCCUGAGGGCAGGAAUCCAGCUAGGGGGACUCUGGUGAGGAGAAGGAGACACUGUCCCCUCGGGGCACCUGGGACAAGAAGUAAGCUCUGGUGGGAGGAGAGCCUGGCCAGGGCAGCCCUGGAGGCUAAGGAGAAAGGGAAAGUAAAACCACAGGCUCCUGUGCUCGCCUUACUGUAAAUUAGUCUAGUUCUCAUUAGUGGUUGCUUCUGCUUACUGUGACCUGUGGGUAUGUCCGUGCUGCAGCAGGAGCACCUCUGAAGGGAAUGUGCCCCAAGGAUAAGACCAUGCCAGAGAAGGUACACCUUGAAGUUGUCUGUAGCUGUGCUGGAGGUCAUGCUGGAACACCUGAAAGUGUGUGGCCAUGCAUAAGCCACCAAAGAGCAGGUACACCCUUAGAGGCACUGCAGCCAUGCAGAAAGCCAAACUAGAGCAGGUAUAUGCCCCAUCCCUGGAAAUGUUCGAUAUUGGAUAGGGCAUGGAGAGCAACCUGGUCCAGUGGAAGGUGUCCCUGCUCAUGGCAGGGGUUUCGAACAAGAUGAGCUUUAAGGUCCCUCCCAAACCAGUCUGUGAUUCUAUGAUUUUGUGAACAUUUGUGGACAUUUUAUGGGCAUUUUAUGUACAUUUCAUAGUAGUGGUCCAUAGAUGAGGGGAAUAAUAUCUGUGCAUGAUAGCUAAGGGUGGGAAGGGGGUGGUGGGUAUUGGACCUGAGCAGGAUGUACAUGGCAUAGAAUAAGGGAUGGAGAAGGUACUGUGUUGGGCAGAGGAGGCGUUCCAUUUGUUCCCUGGGGCUGUGGUUUGGAUUUUUGCUGGAGGGAGCACUGAUAAACCAGGGAUGUUUCAGUCAGUGCUGAGCAUCAAGGUCUUUGGUGCUCCUCACGCUGCCCCACCAGCAAGUAGGGUGUGGGUGUGAAAGGAGUUGGAAAGGGACAUGGCCAGGACAUUGGACCCCAACUGACCCCAGGCAUAUUCCAAACCACAGGAUGUCAUGGUCAGCAGUAAAACUGGGGAGGUUGGUCUGGGGGGGCUACUGCUCAGAGUAGAAACAGGAAAGUUGUACAGACAAAUCCCUGGCUUUAGGCCACCAACAGAAUUUUUGGGGUUUUUGAUCAUGGGUCAGUUUAGAUGACAACAAGCCUACUGGUGGCAGACUGGGUAUACCUGCCUCAGAGGGAAAAGGAUCUUUGUGCAGGAGUUAGCAGGCCAUGUUGAGUGAGCCUUAAACUGGAUUUGAAGGGGAAAGGAGAUAAAAACCAGGUCACUGGAGAUAAGCCUGGGAGUGGCUUGAUGCUGUUUGAGGGAUGGUGUGUUAGUGAGGUCGUUCAGGCUACCAUCUCAGUAGAUGUAGGGAAUGGAGAUCCAUGAAGCGGCAAGGAUGCAAGUGUUAUUGAUGUGCUAGAAACCAUGGAAGCUCCUGAGAAUGGUCACUCAGGAAUUGGAGCUUCUCUCCCCAAAAAGGCAUCAGGAUCAAUAACCCAGCUGAAGUGCAUCUGCCCCAAUGCCUGCAGCGUGGGCAGCAAACAGGAGAACCUGGAAGGCAUGGUGCAAGAGGAAAACUAUGGCAUAGUUGCCAUCACAGAGACAUAGCGGGAUGACUGGCACCACUGGAGUGGUGCAAUGGAUGGUGAUGAACUCUUCAGAAUGGACAGGCAAGGAAUGAGAGGUGGUGUGGUAGCCCUGUAUGUGAGGGAGUGUUUUGACUGUCUAGAGCCUGACAGUGGUGAUGCAAGUGUCAAGGGUUGGUGGGUAAGAAUCAUGGGGAAGGCCAACAGGGCAGAUAUCCAGGUGGGAGCUGGGUACAGAUCACCCAGCCAGGACCAAGAGGCAGACAAGAAGUCUCAUGAUGGCCAGCCCUUGUCUUCACAGGGGCAAUCCAGUAGAGAGGAGAGAGUUCAGGAGGUUCCUGGAGUGUGUAGAAGAGAUGUUCCUGACACAGCUGGUGAGGGGGCAGCUAGAGAAGGCACCUGCUGGAUGUGCUGUUUGUCAGGAGAGGAGGACUAGUGCAUGUUACUAUGGUGAGAGGCUACCCAGGGCACAGUGACCAUGAAAGGAAUAGAGUUUUGGAUUCUUGGAGCAGUAAGGAGGGGAGUCAGCGGAACUGCCACCUUGGACUCCCUGAGAGCAGACUUAGGCCUAUUCAAGGGCCUGGUUGACAGAGUCCCUUGGGAUGCUGUCCUGAAGGGCAAAGGAGGCCAGGAAGGCUGAACGUGCUAUAAGGAAUCUUCCGGGCACAGGAGCAGGGUAUGCUGAAAGAAGCAGCCAGAAGGAAGAGAACUUUGUCUGGAACUCAGAGUAAAAAGGAGAGUUUAUGACACUUGAAAGAAGGGGCAGCAAAUCAGGAAACCAACAAGGAUAUCAUGAGGUUAUGCAGGGAGAAAAUGAGAAGAGUGGAAGCCCAUCUGGCCACUGCUGUAAAAGACAGUAAAAUAAAUGUUUCUAUAAAUACAUUAACCACAAAACGGGGGCUAAGGAGAAUCUCCUUUAUUGGAUGGCUGGGGAAACACAGAGACAAAGAAUGAGGAAAAGUCUCAGGUACCUUGAAAGGUGAUGGAGCAGACCAUCCUGAGUGCCAUCAUGUGGCACAUGCAGAACAACCAGGGGAUCAGGCCUGGCCAACAUGGGUUUGUGAAAGGCAGGUCCUGCUUGACCAACCUGGCUUCUGUGACAAGAUGACCUGCUCAGUAGGUGAGUGAAAGGCUGUGGAUGUGUCUACCUGGGCUUUAGUAAAGCCUUUGACACCAUUUCCCACAGCUUUCUGGAGAAACUGUCUGCUCAUGGCUUGGCCAGGUGCACUGUUUGCUAGAUAAAAAAAAAGCCUGUAUGUCCAGGCCCUGAAUGGCACCCUAACUCCUCCUGACUUUGGCCAAAUGCCCUUUCAGUGGUACCAGUUAUCGGCCAUUCCCAGAGGGACCUGGGGCAUGUAAAGGCCAGGCAUCAUUUUUGAAAAAGCAGCAAAUAUCUUUUCAUUUGAACCACAGCAAAUCUUAGUCUUUGUUCCUUACAUGUGCCCUACUAGAGUGCCUUUGUCCCACAGCACAUUGCCUCAUGAUUAUUUUUAGGGUACUCCUACUGCAUUUCCUUGUGAAGCUGCUCAUGAGUCCUUGCAAAUAAUCUCUCUGCUUAUUCAGGACAGUUAGUCCCAGGCUAACAGCAGAAAUUCUAGCAUUCAGUAGGUACUCUGCUGUGAAAACAGGAAUGUAAAACAUGCCACAAAGGUGGCGUUUUCCAUGCUGGAUUGUGGAGAAGCAUACACAAUGUUUGAACAGUUGAGAGCCAGUUGUGCCUCUGAUAAGCUGUGACUGAAAAUUUCAUAGAAUCAUAGAAUAUCCUGAACUGGAAGGGACCCACAAGGAUCAUUGAUUCCAGUUCCUGGCCCUGCA